AUGGGGGACGAAUAUCCCACUCUAUUUCGCACCUUGGUACAGCUCAUUGUGCCAACCGAAGUCGCCCAUGACACUAUUGCUGAGCUCGGUGAACUGGGUAAUGUGCAGUUUAAAGAUUUGAACCCUGAUGUCAAUCCUUUCCAACGCUCUUUCGUCGGUGAGAUUCGCCGCAUCGACGAGAUGGCCCGCCGCGUCCGUUUCUUUGCAAGCCAGAUCGAGAAGGAGAAGGAGCCUAUACCCAUCCGCCCUCUCUAUGACGCCGCCCCUCUCGUCACCGUUGGCCCUCGCGCUGCCCAGACCAUUGACGAACUCGAUGUCAAGCUCGCGGAGCACGAGGCACGUCUGCUGCAGAUGAACGAGAGCUACCAACUCCUCAGCGAGCGGCUACGGGAGCUUGUCGAGGCGCGUCACGUUCUUCGCGAGACUGCGGUCUUCUUCGACAGGGCUGCUGUUCGCGAGACGGAGGCUCGUCAGUCUUACGAUGACAGCUCCGCGCCACUGCUUCAGCACGACGACCGUGAGCACCAGUACUCGGCUGCCGGUGAUGCUCAGUUCGAUCUCGAGUUCGUUGCUGGUACAAUCGACCGGGCUCGUCUGUCGACGUUCGAGCGCGUGCUUUGGCGUGUGCUCCGUGGCAACCUCUACAUGAACUACAUCGACAUUCAGGAGCCGUUCGUGGACCCUGCGACUGGCGAAGAGACCCGCAAGGACGUCUUCAUCAUCUUCGCCCACGGCGACCUUCUCCUCGCCAAGAUCCGCAAGGUUGCCGAGUCCAUGGGCGCGACCAUCUAUCCCAUCGACGUGAACGCGGACAAGCGCGCGGAUGCUAUGCGUGAGGUCACCGGUCGUCUCGAGGACCUUCAGAUCGUCCUCUACAACACCGGUGCCAACCGCAGGACGGCGCUGAUGAGCAUCGGGGACAAUGUUGCGAGUUGGCAGGAUGUUGUGGCGAAAGAAAAGUUGAUCUACGAGACUCUGAACUUGCUCAACUACGACGUCCGUCGCAAGACCCUCAUUGCUGAGGGCUGGUGCCCCACUCGGGACAUUGCCCAGAUUCAGCUUGCUCUGCGCCACGCCACGGAGGAGUCUGGGACCAAUGUGCCGCCGAUUCUCCAUGAGCUGCGCACGAACCGCACCCCGCCGACGUUCCACCGCACGAACAAGUUCACGGAAGGCUUCCAGGCUAUCAUGGAUGCGUAUGGUGUGGCAACGUACCAAGAGGUCAACCCCGGUCUGUUUGCGGUCAUCACUUUCCCCUUCUUGUUCGCUGUCAUGUUCGGCGACAUUGGCCACGGUUUCAUCACCUUCGUUGCUGCGCUUGGCAUGAUUCUGUUCGAACGGAAGCUACUCAAGGGCGACCUGGGCGAAAUAUUCAGCAUGUUCUUCUUCGGCCGGUACAUCAUCCUUCUCAUGGGUGCCUUCUCGAUGUACACCGGGUUCCUUUACAACGAUAUUUUCUCCAAGUCUCUCCACCUCUUCCAUUCUGGCUGGAAUUGGCCGGAGCAGCAUGGCGAAGACCCUAUCACCGCUGUCUCCAAUGGACACACUUACCCCUUCGGUCUCGACCCCGCCUGGCACGGCGCUGACAAUGCGCUCUUGUUCACCAACUCGUACAAGAUGAAGAUGUCGAUUGUGCUGGGUGUCAUCCAUAUGACCUUUGCGCUCUGCCUUCAAGUGCCGAACCACAUCAGGUUCAAGCAAAUGUCCGACAUCUACACGAACUUCAUCCCACAGAUGAUCUUCCUCCAGUCCAUCUUCGGCUACCUUGUUGUUUGCAUCAUCUACAAGUGGACCGUCGAUUGGACCAAGGCCUCGACCCAGCCGCCUUCGCUCCUGAACAUGCUCAUCGGCAUGAUUCUCUCUCCGGGCACCGUUGAGGAGUCGACGCAACUGUAUCCUGGUCAGAGCCUCGUUCAGGUGGUGUUGCUCCUGAUGGCGGCGGUGUGCGUGCCGAUCCUCCUCAUCUCGAAACCGUACCUGCAGUGGAAGGAGAUGCAGAAGAUCCAGGGCCAGGGGUACAUUGGUCUCGGCGCGGACGAGGGUCACGGUGCUCGCCAACUCGAGGACGCCGAUCUCGAGGGUGAGGAAGAGGGCAAUGGCCGCGCAAUCGCGGAGGCGAACGACGACGACGAGCAUGUGCGUGCAUUUCCGUUCUUCCACGUCGACUUGGCUUUGACCCUGCUUUCUCUGCAGGAGCACCACGACUUCAGCGAGAUCAUCGUGCACCAGAUCAUUCACACGAUCGAGUUCUGCCUGGGUUGUGUCUCGCAUACCGCGUCCUACCUCCGUCUCUGGGCACUCUCGCUCGCGCACGCGCAGUUGUCGGAGGUGCUCUGGGACAUGACGAUCGCCAACGUGCUCGGCAUGGGCGGCAUCAUUGGAAUCGUCGCCCUCGUCGUUGUCGGUGUGCUCUGGCUAUCCCUGACCAUUUGUAUUCUCUGUAUCAUGGAGGGUCUCUCCGCGUUCCUGCACGCGCUCCGUCUGCACUGGGUGGAGGGUAACAGCAAGCACUACCAGGCCGGCGGUUACCAAUUCGCCCCAUUGAGCUUCGCGAACCUUCACGUUCAGUGA